UUAGUAUAUAAACACAUAUACCUUCAUUGCUCCAUUUCAUUCUUGUGGCUCAAGCAAGAGUUUAAGAAAAUUUUGAAGUGAAAAAACAAAAUGGAAUGUUGUAGCCAAAAAAAGUUUGAUAGAAUGAAACCAAUCAUAGCUGUUGUGUUCUUGCAAAUUGGAUAUGCUGGUAUGGAUGUUUUAUCCAAAGCUGCACUGAACAAAGGAAUGAGCAAUUAUGUACUCGUUGUUUAUCGUCACGCCGUCGCCUUCGUCGUGAUUGCUCCUUUUGCACUGAUCUUAGAAAAGAAAGUUAGGCCAAAGAUGACAUUUUCAAUCUUUAUGAAGCUAGUGGCUCUCAGUACACUAGAGCCGGUAAUCGAUCAGAAUUUAUAUUUCUUGGGAAUGAAGUAUACAACGGCUACUUUUGCGGUCGCUAUGUUCAAUGUCCUCCCUGCCAUAACUUUCGUCAUGGCUUGUAUUUUCAAACUUGAGAAGAUAAAAAUGAAAAGUGUACAUAGUCAAGCAAAGGUGGUUGGAACAUUAGCAACAGUUGCAGGUGCUAUGGUUAUGACAUUGUUAAGAGGUCCAAUACUUAAUAUUUUUGGGACACAUGGAAACAGUGAUCAAAUCCAACAUAAUAGUGGAGCAAAUCUUCAACAUGCAAUAAAGGGAUCUAUUAUGAUCACAAUUGGUUGUUUUAGUUGUGCUUGUUUCAUGAUUCUACAAACAAUAACACUUGAAACAUAUCCGGCUGAGUUGUCACUUACAGCAUGGAUAUGUUUAUUGGGAACAGUUGAAGGUGGCAUAGUGGCUUUGAUUAUGGAAAGGGGUGAUUAUUCUGUUUGGUCUUUGAAUUGGGAUACAAAACUUUUGGCUGCGGUUUAUAGUGGUAUAGUUUGUUCAGGAAUGGCCUAUUACAUCCAAGGAGCUGUUAUGAGAUAUAGAGGACCAGUUUUUGUAACAACUUUCAAUCCUCUCUGUAUGGUCAUUGUAGCUAUCAUGAGCUCUAUCUUUUUGGCCGAGAAAAUAUUCCUCGGAAGGGUGAUCGGCGCGGUUGUGAUUAUUUUAGGAUUGUAUUUAGUGGUGUGGGGUAAAAGCAAAGAUUAUGACACACCAAAUUCAAUUAUUAAAGAUGAAGCAUUACCAGUUAAGGAAAGUACAGUGAGCAAUGAGAAAGUGGAGAAUCCUAAUCCUAAUCAUGAAGUCAUCACUAGCAGUAAUUUUGCUGCAAUAAAAGAUCAAGAUGAACAAGUGUGAAGAAAUCAAAAAACUUCUCACUUUGGUAAUUUAACAGCAUCAACUAUGUAUGAUUUGUAGUUGAGGUUUCUGAUGUAACUUUAUGAUUUGUAUUAUUAGACAAAAAAAAAAACACCAUUAUGUGGAAACUUUGAUGCAGGGUAUUAAUUUUAAAUGAUACCAUCAAAUUCACAGGUCUAUCAAAUAAUAUAUUUAAGGUUUAAUA